AUGUCGAGCAUGCGGUUAAGAUGGUUCGCAACACCGAAGUGGUUCUUUGCGCUAUCGCUAUUACUCGGUGCGAGUUCGAUUAGAUUAGACUUCCUGCACCGGUUCUCAUUCCAUCAGAUGUACGAGAACCGGUUCCGUCACAUUAGCUAUCACCCCGAUUCGAACCGGAGGAAGUGGAAGUCUCAAACUCUUGUGAACAUAUCCACCCAUUUCGUCGUAGGAUGUCGGACGGAAGCAAGGACAAGGACGGUAUCAGCAGGCCGUGUGUGCGCACCCUUCGAGCGGAGGAUAGAGGUGCCGGGCGAUAGACGGGGGCCGAUACCUGAGAUGGAGAAGGAGGGGUUGUCUGUGUCAAGCGCAGAUGGAUCCCAUCUGGGACGUCGAGUAGAGGCAGGAGCGAUGGAUGAUCCUGAACAAAUCUCGAGGUGGAUGGGCCAGACACGGCAGUCUUAUGAACGAAUUUAUGGUGGUUGUCGUCUUGCGAUCACGAAGCGCAAGACGGAGUAG